ACUUUUUCCCAGAAGACAAUGCGCCAGGGUCAUUACAACUUCCGGGAAGUUAACCCGCAAAACAAAUUGGGCGCAAGAGAAAUAGAAAGACACCAGAUUUUGACAGACGAGCACAGUGCUGGCGUUGUGACAAAAGUCUACAUUGAUACUGUCCUUGUUACUAACAGUUUGCGGGAUGCGAGUUCUUGUGCCAUUUUAAUCCUGAUGGUCUUUGUGUAAGACUCGCAGUCACUCACACGUGUGCGCGCAUUGAGUUCCAGAUAAUGUAAUGAUGCAGAAAAUGGAAUAACAGGUUUGUGAGGAUCUCUGAGAUCCAUAUUUAGUGUCUACACCAAGGCCAGCCAAUCACAAUGGAAGACUACAAGUACCUGUUCAAGGUCGUUCUGAUCGGCAACGCUGGCGUGGGCAAAACAUGUCUAGUCAGACGAUUCACACAGGGCUUAUUUCCUCCUGGUCAGGGUGCUACUAUUGGUGUUGACUUCAUGAUCAAAACUGUGGAAAUCGGUGGAGAAAAAGUCAAGCUUCAGAUAUGGGACACAGCCGGCCAGGAGCGGUUCCGAUCUAUCACACAGAGCUACUACCACAGCGCCGACGCGCUGGUCCUGGUCUUUGAUGUCACGUCCACAGAGACCUUCAACGCCCUGCCCAGCUGGCUCAAGGAGGUGGAGCAGUACGCAAGCCCUAAAGUCAUCUCGGUGUUAGUUGGCAACAAAAUUGACCUGGCCUCGGACCGCGAGGUCACCAACGAAGAGGCUGAGACCUUCGCCGACACCCACGACAUGCGGCUACUUGAGACCUCGGCCAAAGAAUCGGACAACGUGGACAAACUGUUCCUGGACAUUGCCGUGGAGCUGACCAACAACGUCCGCAACUCGGACAUCAAGAAUUCCCUGUCGGAGGACCCUAUACGAGAUCACAGCAGCGUCUCCUUCUGCUGUCGAACGUAAUACCAACAAACAACAGGUGAAUAUAUUUGGCAAACAAUUUGAAUGAUGUAAAAAAAAAAAAAUCUGCAUUGUCUUUUCAGCAUUCACGAUUUCUCUGAAUAUUGUCAGCCGUCUAUCUCCUCUUCUUGCCAUGUUUUUUUUUUAGUAUUCAAUAAUUGGUCAGAUUUGGUGUUUUGUCAAAAUUGACUAAAAACUAGAAAUCAAAGUUGUAAUUUUGAUGAAGAUAUUCAAACCGUCAGAAGCUGAUUAUGAAUUUGAAGAUCCAAUGCAUUGUUUAAAUUUUAAAAAAAUAUGAUAUCUAUGUAUGUAUAUCCUUGUUAAGAUGUAAGAGCUGCAUGUAUUGACAUGUAAUUUUAGUGCUAUGUAUAUGUGCAAUAGUUUUCACGUAUUAUAUCCAGUAACGUACCAAGAAUGUUGUCUAUCCUCAAUGGUUUGGCAUGUAUUUAUGAAAAAGAAAGUAUUUACUCUUUAACUUUCCAUUUUAUUGGGCAUUUGUCUGAGAGCGUGUUCAGGGUAUUAAAAUAGUGAUGCAAAAGCAACCAAAAUAACAGGAGUUUUUUUUUUUCUUCUUUAAAUGCAUUGCUGUAAGCAAUCAGUUUUAACACCAUGUGGCUUCAACUUGCCAGUAUGACAAGCAAAUCUUUUUGUGCUUUUUGUGACAUCUUUAAACAAAAAUAAUCUGAAGUUGCCUUCAAAAGUGAUGGAGUUUUAUGUGACUUAUUUCCACAAAAUGAGAGAAAAGUCUAAAAACUUUGUUUUCUUGUAAAUCCUUCGAAACCAUUCAUUAAGUUGACUGUCGUUUGUUUAAACUGUCAAAUUUCUCCAAUAUUUUGAAGACGGGGGCCCAAUUUCAUAGUGAUGCUUAACAGUUAGCUGAAAAGUCGUGCUUACCAUACCAGAAAAUUGUGCUAACUUUAAGCACUAUUUCAUGGCUUGGAUGUGCUAACGGUUGCGCGCGCAUGGAGAUUUCUAUUGUUAGGUCACUGAUUUAAGCAAUUUUUUUCCAGUAAGCUUUUGCUGUGCUUCCUGCUUACGGUCUCCAUGAAAUAGGUGGAGGCUCAGUUAGCAGAAAAUCAUGUGCUUAGCAGCAUUAUGAAAUUGGGCUCUGUUUUACCAUCACAGCAUUAUCUGAAACAUUUGAAAGAUCUGAUCUUUUUUCUUCUCGUAGUGACGACCUUACUCUCAUUGAAUGGAUGCAAGUCACAUUGCAAAUUGUCCAAGUGCAUACAAACUGUAGUUCUGCCAAGGUGUAAAUUUCUUUUACUAUGCAUGAAAUGGCAGUAGGGUACACUGAACAUAGGUCUGUACAUGUGCUUCAGUAAAUUGCAGUGGCUGUUUUGUGUCUCACAUUCUGUGCUCAAAAGGUACAUGUUACUUGUACGCUAAUGCAAUGGUUUGCCAUUGUGCCAAGUGCAUUAAUUAAAGGACGGAAGAUCAUGUAUUCAUGUUGUUGCCAGCUAUUAUGAUGACAAGUGAAUUGUUGGAUGUAGCAAGUUUAUAUCUGCAUGCGGAAUAUUGCAAUAGUUUGUGACAUAAUGUUCAGUCUUCAGAGCAUCUGUAAUUGAUGCAGUGCCAUUGUAACAUAUGUCCAUGAUGAAGUCAUGUUGCUUGACUGUCAAAAAAGUAGGCAGAAUUGUGCAAUCAUUCAUAACAGAUAUGAAAAGGAAUGCUUACAAUCUUAAUGCAAUGCAUAUUUGACAUUUUGAAUUGACAAAUUGGGGGACCGCCAACAUAGGGCUGAACAGCUCAGUUGGUAGAGCACUGGAACGGCAAUCCGGAGGUCGCAGGUUCAAACCCCGCUCCAGUCAAUUUCUUUGUUCAACUUUGAAAUAAUUAUGCUUGAAUUCUACAGAAUUUUGAGUGAUGGUAAAAUGAUUAUGUAUACAUUAUGCAUGUACUGCAUGCAUCCUAAAAAAAGGAGUAACUUUUAAGCCGCCUCGCUAGAGAGCCAGUUAGACCUGUAAUAUGUAAUUGUGUGUUGUGUAGAAAUAUCGUCAAUGGCUAAAAAAGAAUGUGCCAAUUUUAUUUUACUAUGUUAGUUUGUUUAUUGGCCAAAGAAUAUACAUGUCUAUUUUGUUAGAUUUCAUUGUAUUUCUGUUAAUUGUUUUGAAUUUUAGCUCAGUGCAAUAUGUGUUCAUUUGGUUUUGCAAUUAAUGAAUAUUUGUGAGCCGUUUGUGUUGAAGUGCUAUUCAUACCAGUAUUAUUAAUUGAAAUCUUGCCUGUCCGUGUUUUUUAAAUUGUAUUAUUUCUUUAACCGACGUAUUCAAAUGUGUAUGUGGAUGGUGCAGUCCUUACCACAUUCAGAAUUCAUCGAGGAGAAAGUAAAACUGAGUGAUGGAAUAGGGGUAUUUUGUUUUCUUCUCAAACUAACAAGAUCCGAAAAAUUGGUCAUAUUUUGUUGGUUUCAGCCAAAUUGGGUACAACGCAUUGCAUGAACAAGUACCAUUUAAGUGUAUUUAGUUCAGUUUCUGAAAGCAGGGAUUUAUUUUGCUCAGUAAUUGUGCAAAUUCACAAGAAAAUUGCUAUGCAACUCAAAUUUACUUUAUACGUAUCGUAUCCUGAAAUUUGAUUUGAACAUCGUACAGUUUUGGUCAGUGAAUUCAUAAUCUCGGUUUGCAUAUUUUGCUUUUUGAGGUUCUGGCCAAAACGUUCCUUUAAUUGUGGACAACUCGUUAUGCCUUAUUCGGGUUCGCCGAACCCCAAUUUUAUGCAAAGUAACUGGCUUAAAGACUUGUUAAUAUCAGUGUGCUUAGCGUGUAGUCGAGGUUGUAGGUAGGACGUUUUAGUAAUAUUGGAAAACGGACUUACAUGUACACGUAGCAUUUAUGUGUAAAAGAUUUAGGCUGAGAUGUAAAGAAAUUUGAAAGUGAUUAUUGAUUUUUUUUCUCCCUCUGUUCCAAUUUUCAAAGGAAAAUUUUAUCACACGAAUAAAGCAAUUGUGUAUUUA